CCGCUCCUUUCGGGGGGCUGGGAACUAGGGGAGGCAGCCACAAGUUGAGCUGAAGACUGAAGCAAGAGCUGGGUCAGAUCGGCCACCUUUCUGGCCUUCAUCUGCCCUGACCAUUGCAUGAGGGAGUUGGCCCGUUCUUCCCCGAAGCCUUCCCAGUCUCUGCUUCAUCGACCUUUCAAGGUGGCAGCCACAGCGCCUCCGGGAUCUCAGCAACAAUGGCCUCCUGCCCAGACUCGGACAAUAGCUGGGUACUUGCCGGCUCUGAGAGCCUGUCUGUGGAGACCCUGGGCCCAGAACCCAGGAUGGACCCAGAACCUGAGAGAGCUCCCCAGGCCCCUCAGAGCCCCUCCAAAGCAGAUGGUGGAGCAUUAGCUGGGACUUUGGAUGGAGAAGAGACCCUCUUCCAGAGUGAAAGCUCCAAGCCUGGUCCCAUUGUGCUGGAAGAGACUGAGGCCAAGGGCGUCCUGGAAGGUGAUGGUCUUGCUAUGGAGUCCCCUGGCCCAAGAGACCCAGAGGCCCAGGGAGAGUUGGAGGAGACCCUCGUGGUGGCAGACCUGGGACCAGACGCCCAGGACCUGGAGGAUCAGGGCGCCCACCAGAGCCUGCCCUCAUCCUCCAAAGCAGCUUGGAUCACGGAGGAGGCCCACUGUACCAGCAGCGGGGACGACACUGACGUGGACGUGGAGGGUCUGAGGAGACGGCGGGGCCGGGAGCCCAGCACCCCUCAGCCUGCCGGUCCCAUGGGUGUGGAGCACCAGGCCGGAGGCGAGGGGCUGGGCGGGGAGCUGGGCAUCUCCCUCAACAUGUGCCUCCUCGGGGCCCUGGUUCUGCUGGGCCUGGGGGUUCUCCUCUUCUCUGGGACCAUGGAGGAAGUGGAACUGCAGGUCUUUCCAGAUGCUGGGGUGGGCACCGAGAUGCUGGGUGCUGUGGGGGACGGGCAGGAUGGGCUACGGCAGCAGCUGCAGGCCUCAGAGCCCCCUGACGGUGUCCCCAGCCUACAGGACAUGGCCCUUCUGCUGGACAAGCUGGCCAAGGAGAACCAGGACAUCCGGCUGCUGCAGGCCCAGCUGCAGGCCCAGAAGGAAGAGCUUCAGAGCCUGAUGCACCAGCCCAAAGGGCUAGAGGAGGAGAACGCCCAGCUCCGGGGGGCCCUGCAGCAGCGCGAGGCCUCCCAGCGGGCCCUGGAAUCUGAGCUGCAGCAGCUGCGGGCCCGGCUCCAGGGGCUGGAGGCUGACUGUGUCCGGAACACAGACGGGGUGUGCCUCAACUGGGGCCGAGGUCCGCAGGGUGGCAAGGUCAGCAAGGGGCAAGGCCCCAGUGAGCAGAAGCCAGGCCCUGGCUUCCUGGAGCAAAAGGAACGGCUCGAGACUGAGGCCCAGGCAUUACGGCAAGAGCUGGAGAGACAGCGGCGGCUGCUGGGGUCUGUGCGGCAGGACCUGGAGCACAGCUUGAGGGGCGCAGGCCGAGGGGACCUAGCCCGUGCUGGCCUAGCUGAGCUGGGCCACAGGCUGGCCCAGAAGCUGCAGGGCCUGGAGAACUGGGGCCAGCACCCUGGGGUCCCUGCCAAUGCCUCAGAGGCCUGGCACCCGGAGCCCCACUCUCAGAGUUCCAGAGAGCGGAGCGGCAAGGAAAAGUGGCGGGAUGGGCAGGGGGACCGGAAGGCUGAGCACUGGAAGCAUAAAAAGGAGGAGUCUGGCCGGGAAAGGAAGAAGAGCUGGGGGGGUGAGGAGGACAGGGAGCCGGCGGGGAGGUGGAAGGAAGGCAAGCCCAGGGUGGAGGAAGGGGGCAGCAAGAAGGACAGUAAGCGACAGGGCCCCAAGGAUGCCCCCAGGAAAAGCGGAAGCCCCCACUCCUUUGGAGAAAGGCAGAAGCACCCUCAGUGGAAGGAAGGGGCUAAAGACAGGCAUGACCCCCUGCCGCUGUGGGCAGAGCUGUCCAGGCACAAGUACCGAGCACCCCAGGGCUGUUCGGGCGUGCACGAGUGUGCCCGGCAGGAGGGCCUGGCCUUCUUCGGCAUGGAGCUGGCCCCAGUGCGGCAACAGGAGCUGGCCUCUCUGCUGAGGACGUACCUGGCCCGGCUCCCCUGGGCCAGGCAGCUGACCGAGGAGCUCCCCCUCUCACCUGCUUACUUUGGUGAGGAUGGGGUCUUCCGCCACGACCGCCUCCGCUUCCGGGACUUCGUGGAUGCCUUGGAGGACAGCCUGGAAGAGGUGGCUGUGAGACAGACAGGGGACGAUGACGAGGUGGAUGACUUUGAGGACUUCAUCUUCCGCCACUUCUUUGGAGACAAAGCGCUGAAGAAGAGGUCCAGGAAGAAGGACAAACACUUUCGGGGCCCCAGAGUUGUGGGGCCCGGGGAACAGCACAGCCGCCACCUCAGGGGCUGAGGCCGGCUGUUAUCUAACCCCUGGGGACUGUUAAACUGCCAUUUCUCCUGGCUUGGUGGGUGUCCUUGGAUGUCCUUUGCAGCGGAGAGUGAAAUUACCCAGCCCUGCACUGUCACUUUGGCUAGAAAAAGGCCCUCGCUGAGCCUGCCUUGCUGUCUAUGCAAAUAUAUGCAAAUGCUCAGGGCCCUUGUGUCACUCCAAUGUGAAAGGGGAUGGGAGGGGAGCCUGGGGGGUUUUUUGGGGGGUGAGGUGGGGUGGGGAGAUGGCAUUGUUGUUCUGAAGCCAAAGAGCUCUCCUCCUGUGUGUGUGCUGCCCCCGAGUGGGCCCUGGGCGCCACACCGACCCGUGCCUCCUCGGUUGCCCCCUGGGGUUUGCGAGCUGCUGGCUGGAGGCCCAGCAUGAGGGCUUUCCCUGGGGUUUUGUUAGAUUUGGAGGCAGCUGUCCCCAGGGGGUGAAGUCCUCUUUUUACCCCAGCUUCUCACGUGGCCUCACCUCCCCCUUUGAACUGUAGACUCCCAUCCCAAUAAAAUGCUCUUGGUGGAGCUGUGACAUUGGA